AUGCCUCACCCCGUCUCACCACCUACCAUGGUGUCCAAAGACGCCGCCCCUCCACCGUCGCAGGAGGACGUCGCCGGCUUAAUCAACACCAUCUCCAGCGCCCAGACUUCUGCCGCCUCUGUCGACGCGAGCUACGGCCUGUGCGAGCUGCUCCUCAACUCGGUCGGCUAUGCAGGGCUGAACCAGUACGGUGUCUUGGCCGAGAUCAAGAAGGCUGCUGCUGAUAAGAAGAAUGGCCUCAAGAGGGAGAGCAGUCAGAACCUCCUGGGCGCCAUCUUUGAGCGAUUCCCCCCGAAACAAGCCGUUUCCGAGGUCGUCUUCCUCGUCCAGGAGGAAGGCCUUGUGCCUUGUGCGCUGGACGCACUGGCCGACAAGGGCGCCGUCGUUCGCGAGGCUGCUCAGUAUGGCCUCGAUGCCCUCUUCAAUAACCUGAGUGCCGAGGCCCUUGUCACCGGCUUGCUGCCUGUCCUGACCAAGUACUUGGACAAGAAGACGGGCAAGUGGCAGGGCACAGUUGGUGCGUACAAGCUGCUCCAGAAGAUGGCCGACAAGGCCAAGCUGGCCAUUGGCGCCAGCAAGGAGGAGGCUGAAGAGAAGGAUGUCCUUCGCGAGGCCAUGGGCGCCAAGCUUGCCGGGCUCAUCCCCAUUGUCGAGGCUGGCAUGCACGAUCUCAAGGCCGAGGUUGAGAAGCAGUCUGUCCAGACUAUGAACUCGCUUACCACGCUGCUCUCCAACGACGACGUUACUCCUCGGAUCCCGCUUCUGGUCGAGACUAUGCAGCACCCCUCGGCUCAAGCUACUCAGAAGGCUAUCCAUGCCUUGUCCCAGACCACCUUUGUGGCCAUUGUGACCUCGCCUGUUUUGGCACUCUUGACACCCUUCCUUGAGCGCUCGCUCAACUCGCCCAAUACCGCACAGGAGGUCUUGCGUCAGACCUGUGUUAUUACCGAGAACUUGACCAAGCUGGUCCACGACCCCAUCGAGGCUAGAACAUUCUUGCCCAAGCUCUCGCCCGGUAUCAAGGCUGUCGCCGAUCGUGCUUCGCUCCCUGAAGUCCGUGAAAUUGCUGAGCGCGCCCUCGCCAUUAUGGAAAAGGCCAUGGCCAACGACAAGGAGGUCAUAGCCAGAACCACACUUGACGAUGUCGCCAAGAUUGUGGACGAGCAGAUCAAGAAGAACGGUGGUCUCGCUGCCCAGCAGGAUAUUUACAAGCUGGUUCAACCUUAUAUCAGUGACAUGGUUGCCGCCGAUGUCAACUACCGUUUUGUCAACCGCAUUGCUGCUCGCAUUGCACCUUACUUGCAGCCCCUUCUGCAGAAGCCUGAGGCGGCUCAGAAUAUUGCCGACGCUAUUCAGCAGCACUAUGUUGAUGAGGAUCAUCGCCGGUACGGUGUUCCCGAGAAGGAGGAUGACGGAGAGGUCGAGAUUGUCAAUGCCGACUUUUCAUUGGCGUACGGUGGUAUGCUGCUUCUAUCGCACACCAACCUGCGCCUUCUCAAGGGCCAUCGCUACGGUCUGUGUGGCCGCAACGGUGCUGGAAAGUCUACUCUGAUGCGAUCUAUUGCCAAUGGCAAGCUUGAGGGGUUCCCUCCCCAGGAUGUUCUCCGCACAUGCUACGUCGAACAUAACCAGGGCGAAGAUGCUGAUAUUUCCAUCCUCGAGUUUGUCGCAAAAGAUCCCGAGAUUGGACCCCAGGGCACUGAGCGCAUCUCCGAAGUCUUGACUGAGUUCGGCUUCACUCCUGGCGCCGAAGGUCGUCAGGCCCAAAAGGUCGGCUCCCUCUCCGGCGGUUGGAAGAUGAAGCUUGCCUUGGCUCGUGCCAUGCUUAAGAAGGCCGACGUUCUCCUUCUCGACGAACCUACCAACCAUCUGGACGUGGCCAACAUUGCCUGGCUCGAGAAUUACCUCAAGUCUCAUCCCAAUAUUACCAGUCUGAUUGUCUCCCACGACUCUGGAUUCCUGGACAAUGUCACCACGGAUAUCUAUCACUACGAGCCCGGCAAGAAGCUUGCCUGCUACAAGGGCAACCUGGCUGCCUUUGUCAAGAUCCGCCCGGAAGCCAAGGCCUACUACACGCUGUCCGCCUCCAACGUGCAGUUCAAGUUCCCUCCGCCCGGAAUCUUGACGGGAGUCAAGUCGAUGACUCGUGCCAUUAUUCGCAUGACCAACGUCUCGUACACAUAUCCCAAUGCGCCUAAACCGUCGCUGUCAGACGUCUCGUGCCAGCUCACCUUGUCCUCCCGCGUGGCCAUUAUUGGCCCCAACGGUGCGGGCAAAUCCACUCUCAUCAAGCUGCUCACCGGCGAAACCAUCCCCAGCUCUGGCAAGGUCGAGAAGCACCCCAACUUGCGUAUCGGCUACAUCAAGCAGCACGCGCUCGAACACGUGGAGAUGCAUCUCGAGAAGACGCCCAACCAGUACCUCCAAUGGCGGUAUGCCCACGGUGAUGACCGAGAGGUGCACAUGAAGCAGACCCGUGCCUUGUCCGACAAGGAUCGCGAGCAGAUGGACAAGUGGGUUGAUUUGAAGGACGGCAAGUCCCCCCGACAGAUUGAAUCUCUUGUCGGCCGUCAAAAGUACAAGAAGACGUUGCAAUACGAAGUUAAAUGGCGCGGCCUCCUCCCCAAGCACAACACCAUGAUCUCUCGCGAGACCCUCACGGAACUAGGUUUCGACAAACUCGUUCAAGAGUUUGACGACCACGAAGCGUCGCGCGAGGGCCUCGGCUACCGGGAGCUUCAGCCGUCCGUCAUCUCCAAGCACUUUGAAGACCUGGGGCUGGACCCGGAAAUCGCCAACCACAACGAAAUCGGCUCCCUCUCGGGCGGGCAAAAGGUCAAGGUGGUCAUUGCGGGCGCCAUGUGGAACAACCCACAUCUGCUGGUGCUCGACGAACCGACCAACUUCCUGGACCGCGACUCGCUGGGUGGCCUGGCCGUCGCCAUCCGCGAGUUCAAGGGCGGCGUCAUCCUCAUCUCGCACAACGAGGAGUUCGUCGGCGCCCUGUGCUCGGAGCAGUGGCACGUCAACGAGGGGCGCGUCGCGCAGCGCGCCAACGCCGCCGUCUCGCUCGACCGCUUCGAGGACUCGCGCCCCGGCAGCGCCGUCGCCAGCACCGCCGCCAGCUCCGUCGUCAGCAGCGCCGUCAACUCGGGCGUCGAGGACAACUCGGACAUGAAGUUCCGCGCCCGCAAGAAGAAGAAGAUGACUAAGAAGGAGCUCAAGGAGAGAGAGGUCCGCAGGCGCCUGCGCCACAUUGACUGGCUGAAUAGCCCCAAGGGCACGCCGCAUCCUCCCGAUACCGACGACGAGGAUAAUUAA